AUGUGGAAGCCCGGCUAUUACACGGGCAGCUAUGGAUUGAUCACAAACGACGCAGACCCACCACUUGAUGAUAACCUGUUCGAGGAUGAUUUUGAAGCCGACGGUGACGGCAUAGGGAACUCUGACGAAUCUCAGGAAUAUGCUGAUGAUUGUUUUAUCACUACCAGUGCCCGAAUGAGUGUGGGCACAACCUGCUGUCGAAUGGCUACGCAGCGAGAGCAAUACAGAUUCUCAGAAGCACGGAGUAUAUCAUUUACAAUAGAUACGUACGUGCUGCAUGCAAAGGGGAAAACAAACAGAACAACAAAAGGGACACGAGCCGUAGACAAUAUUACUUUAGAGGAACAGUCCCACAUAUUACAAAACAACUCCCUGGCUAACUACAGGAAACCAUCCCGUGGCUGA